AUGGAGCACGCUUGGUUGGACUCCUUGUCCGAGGACUGGCCCUCCCAGGUCGGAUCCGAUGCAUCAGCUGUCCAACUUCCUCCUCUCAAAGACAUCGACUCCUCCAAGACCAAGUCAAGAGAGACACCGAGUCGGAUACCGCGUAGAACGUUUGGUCCGCGUCCUCAAUUGGCACACCCCCACGAUACCAGCGCCAAUGUCCUCAGCGAGCGAACACAGAACGACAUCAACAUCUCGAGCCUUCGCAUUGCCAAGCCGUCGCAGGAGUUUAGGCUUUCACGCGGAAGAUACGCCAGCAGAUCUGUCUCUGCCUCCACAAGUGGUUCUGUUGUUCAUAACACGGUGCAACAUAAGUCGUCACCAGGAAAGCCCCAGGAUACACCAGAGUGGAAGCGACGUCUAGUGUACGGGGACGUCCAGUACGGAGAGCAGCGCGACCUGUUUUGCUCCGCUGCGACCGGCCUUCAAGACAUGUUUAAACCACCAUCCGCCCCCGAAGAUUACGGAGAUGACGAGGAGCAACCUGAAGCUGAGUCUUCAGUGAUGCCGUCUAGCCCACCCUCGUACCCCCAACGUAUCACCAGCAACGACGUCAACACGGGACUGGACGCCUUGGAUGAGCUGGAUGAACUUGAGGACGAAGAACCAGCAUAUCCCAACGAAGUUACACCAAGCCCAAGCCCCAGGAGGGCGAAGAGAGAAAUCAAGUACAAGCUUAAUGUGGAGGAUUCCAUGGCUUCGAGCCAACUCAGCUUAAGAGAUGACGAGACACCUUCACGACAACGAGAAGACAUUUACCGAGACGAAAGCUGCUUGAGCGCCUCUCAGGAUGCGGAUGGCAGUGUUCGGAAACUUAGUGGCCAGAGCGUGAUUCGCAACGAGGACUUUAGCCCGAUCCUCAUCGGCAAACAGAGCGACAAGGAUGGCAAGAUGGACUUUGCACCUAUCGAACUGCCAGCCGACACAUUGAAACAGAAACUCGAGGCUCUACGCAUCAACCAGAUGUUGCUCGACCCGACUGUUGAUCCCCAAACAGGAUUCGACAAGACUGACGAGGGAGCAUCUGGCUCUAUGGAGGACACUGAGGAAUACGCACGCAGGGGAGGCUUCCUGAAUUUGCAGAGAGGAGGCCGAUCCGGGGAAGGCUCUUUCCGCUAUCGCGACCUGAGCCCGGGCCUGGGCGUUGAUACUAGCGGAAUGCUUCCUGAAGAGUCACUGCAGGCCAGCACUCCUAAGCAGUUCCCUUCUGUCCGGACGGAAAUCACCAACCCAUACCAAUCCGAUUAUUUUAACCUGAGCCCUGCAAUGCCUCGGGCUCCUUUCCCCAGCCCCGAUAAGCGGCAGAUGGCUCCCGGACACAGGCCCUCGUCCGCUACAAGCCCUCUAAAGCUCUUCGGCCCUUAUGACACCUUUACCAACCAGACACUCCUCCGACGGAUCAGUCAAUUCGAGGAAGGGAUGUCUGCAACCCCAUCCCGGCAGUCUCUUGGCUCUCCAGCUCAUACAGACCAGGCGAGCCCUCCAGUCCACCAAGGGCCUGUGGCGUCUAGUCCUGUCGCACAAGCUCACCAGACGCCUGGCAUGAGGUCAGUCAGCCAGUUUGGUGGAAGCGAUCUCGAAGGAUACGAAUUCAGUGAGGACAUUUCUUAUGUCUCACAAGCAGGAUCCCCCUACUCGGAUAAAGAGAACGCCGCUCCCAACCCUCUCUCGUCACACCCCGUCGAGCCAUUAUUUGAGUACCCAGAGUCCCCUGGAGAUGAUUCUGAGCUCCUUGUUCGCAGGCGACGAAACAAGUCCAUGUCUUCGUCUAGCAGCAAACACCACCGGACAUUUUCGACUUCUAGCGUGAUUCGAAAGAAUCUCAGUUCGGCAAAGGGCGGCCCAGACAAUGCCAGUACCCCCAAGCGUGACUCUGGCUCAGAGGGCAAGAGGGCGCGGACCUCACCGUCUAAAGAUCCUACGCCCAAGCGUCGACGCACACUUCAUCGUUCCGAUAUCGCCUUUGGUCGUGAAGACUGGCUGGAAGGUGUAGAAUCCGCAUCUCGCGACAUGCAAUCGGCCAUGGGGAAGAAGCGCAAGGAUGCUCGACCUGGAGACUUCCAAUUGGCGAACCCAAGUGUUCUUGCUAUGAGAACCAUUCUUCGACCUCGUAGCCCUACACCAAGUCGCGGGUCUUCACAACGCAGUGAUCAAAGCCCGGUGGCCAAUUCCGAGGACGGCGAUACCCGCCAACUACCGAAGAAGUCCCCAAUCCGGCCACUUCAGAACGAGAGCAUGGCCAGCGAUGCUCCUGGCGAGACAGACCGGAAGCCGUCGAUUAGGACUCAGGACUUUGUUGACCAGGCUGCUCAGAUCAUGGCCAUGAUCCGCAACCAGGUGAAGCCGCCUGUCUUGUCAAGCGUGGAGGAAUCGGAAGCCGAGUGUACGCCCUCUGCUGAGGACCCUGACUCCUCUUACCAAUCGACGGGGGAGCCUUUCUCUCGACCUCCCAGCCGUGAGGGCAGACCUGUGACGAGACUUCCGCAGCGUCAAGAAGACCCUGAGCUCAUCAACCGAUUGAAAAAGUAUCAGGAACUGAGCGACAUGGGGGAUAUCAUCUCCUCAUCCAUGCGAUCUAUGGGCCUCGCACAGGAUGCGAUCCGCGCUGCUUUGGAGAUUGAACGCCAGAUUGACGAGAACUCGCGCACCAGAUCCGAUGUUCCAUAUACCACCGACGAUGAGGCCAUCAGUGACCCGCCUAACAUUCGGUUGUCCUUCAAUCCUGCUCACAAUGGCACGCCUCCAAGCCCGACACGAGACUACCAUUCUCAUUCCUCGGCCGCUUCGACAUAUCCAACAGGAUCUUCUCGUGGUUCUGACACGCGCAAGACCAUUAUGCCGGAAAGCGUAUCACAUCUUAUCCCAGAUCGAGUUGGCAGUAUGUAUCUGGACAAGCAGAAUAACAUUUGGAUCAAGAAGAAGGAAACACCAACUCGUCGCCGGUCCAGCAACAUCCUGCCCUCAGAUAGCGAGGAUGACCCAUUCGCUAGCAUUCCAGAUCUCUCUGUUGACCUAACCAGGGAGAUGCAAAACCUGCAGUUGACCACAGCUAAGAAAACGGACGCAGCAGGCAGCCCAAGCCAGGCAAGGUCACCAGUCAGCCCUUCCAGGGCACCACGGCCUCGGUCCAGUCGAGGCUACACCACCUUGUCUCCCGAUGGACAACUCAGCCCGAACGUGGCAAGCCUUGCUCGAGAAGAGUUUCAGAAACUGGAUGCGCGCGUCAUGGAGGAUUCAGAGUUGGAGAUGAAUGAGUCGGUUGAAGGCUCGACCGAUAUUCAUUACGACCAGGCCAGCAACACGCCCUCGACGACCACAAAGAGACGCAACCUCACUAUCACGUUUUCCUCGCCAGUGGCAUCCGUCAUCCAGGACGUGGUGGCAGAAGACUUGGACACUCUUGAGGACGACCCAGAACUGCCGGAGGGACAUCUCAGCUCCAAUCCAACCCCCAAGAAAUCACCAGGUUAUCCCAGCAUUGGCAAGUCAGCCCUCAAGAACGGCGGCCAAGGAUCAGUGCGCAGUAACCGUGCUGUAUCACGAAGUGUUGCUUCCAGCGGCCCGGCUUUCAUCCCAAGACCUGUGUCGCGCAUUGACGAACAGGACGAGGAGAGCACAAUUGAAGUCCCGACUGAAGACAGACAAAUCAGCAUCAUUGGUGAGACGAGCGUCAUCAGCCACAAGACACCCGAUGGCCGUCGUGCCAGCCUUAGCUUCAUCGUCAACCACACGCCACGUAACAACAACCUGCUGUCAGUUCCUCCGGAUGACAGCGCUCUUCUCGGGCAAAACGUUGGAAAGCUCUCCCUUAGCCCAUUGUCUGAGUUCACUCUUAACAACUCGGACCAGUCGUUCGGCUUUGAGGUCAGCUAUGUUAUGGGACGUCGACACAUGGCAACCGGUGAUGGCUCUAAGAAGGUCAUGUCCAUGACGAUACGGGAACUUGUGGACAAGCUUAGUGAGGUUGAGCCCUACGAACCCUACUGGGAGGACAUUACAGACUUGGAUUUGCAUGAGAAGCGGCUAGGAAGCCUUCACAUGCUUGAUCAAUUCUGCGGCAAGCUGGUGACUUUGGAUGCUUCCAAGAACACGCUGGGACAUCUGGAUGGUGUGCCGUCAAGUGUGCGGCAGCUCAAGGUGUCACAGAACAUGCUCACUGAGUUGACGUCGUGGGAUCACUUGAUGAACCUUCAAUACGUGGAUAUUUCCGGCAACGAGGUCAAGAGCCUGUCGGCACUCAAGGGUCUAGUACACUUGCGAAGCAUCAAGGCUGACAACAACCAACUGACAAGCCUCGAUGGACUUGACACCCACGAUGGACUCCUUACUCUUCGAGCUCGGGAUAACCUGAUCGAGGAAGUCGACUUUUCACGAGUCAAGAUGGAGCGCCUCACUGAGCUAGAUCUGAGCGGCAACCAAAUCUCGUCAGUUCGGAAUCUGGAACUUGCACCAGCGCUGGUACGACUGAGGCUCUCCAAGAACAGGCUCGAAGGCUUCACGGUGGCUACAGACGUCAAGGGGCUUCGUCAAUUGGAUCUCAGCGACAACAAACUCACCUCUCUGGAUAUUAGCAACCUACCCAACUUGCACUCGCUGCAUGCUGAUCGCAACCGCAUUGUUGACCUGGAGGGCUUCAACCGAGCUCGACGACUUGACAGCCUGAGCCUCAGAGAGCAGUAUGGUGAACAAUCGCUUGAUCUCAGUUUCUUGUCGGAAGCUUAUGAGGUCCGAAAGCUCUUCCUUUCUGGGAACUACUUGGGCUCGUUUGAGCCGACGGUUGACUUCCUCAACCUUCAGCUCCUGGAGCUGGCGAACUGUGGCCUCCAAGCAUUGCCAGACAACCUGGGCCAGCUGAUGCCCAACCUUCGGACGUUGAACGUCAAUUUCAACGCGAUUCGUGACCUGGAGCCGCUUCGCUUCAUUCCCCGUUUGAAGAAGCUCUUGGUGGCCGGCAACCGACUUGCCGACUCGACCAUGGUAACGGAGCUGCUCAUCGAGUUCCCCCAUCUCACACAACUCGACCUGAGAGAUAACCCGGUAACAAUCGGCUUCUACCCCACGAUGCAGGUGAUGGUUUCCAGGGAUCGCAACGAAGCCGUAGAUCCGUUCGUGCUCCCUGAUGCCGAUGUUGAGCGGGACGAGCUGUUUGCUAAGCGACUGGACGAGAUGACCAAGUUGAGGCGAAGGUUGCACCAAAUCGUGUUUGUGGCGAGCUGCAAGAGAUUACGAAAGCUGGAUGGCCUCGCCAUCAACCGAGAGGCGGUUCUUGCCAAGGAUGGGGUGUUUCAGACGCUGGUGGCCGAGGGCCUGCUACCAGACGAGACACUUGUCGGCGACGAUGCUCCAAGCUGCAAGGAUGCGGCGGUUGAACCUGAGACGAAUCACGGGAUUGACACGUUGAGGAGCAGCCGGUGGAACGCAGAAGACAGCUUUGCCUAA